GGGAUACCCUAGCAGUAAGAUUCCCAACGUCUCAAGUCUCUCCAUAAUUAUAAAAAACUCCAACACCCUACAUUUGUCCAAUAGAGAGAUAGGAUAAACACUCUACAACUUUCAAAUUCAACAAGAACCAUGGUUAGAGUUUCAUUCUCAUUGGCCUCAUUUGCUGUUCUCUUGACAAUUUCAAGUCUAAUAUCCUCGACACUGGUUCAAGCUGAUGAAGCACGGCCAGGGAUAAGAAAUUGCACCACUGACGAGCAGUGUAUGAUAGGGGCUUUAGGCAUGGCUCACUGCAUUAAAAAUACAUGUGUGCACAAAAACAUUGAGUCCUCAAUCCAUGAAGCAUCACCACCAGAGAUAGAGUGCACGAGGAACGAGCACUGUCUUCGCAUACAACCCAAUUGCAUUCCACAAUGCCAUGCUAACAAGUGCUUGUGCAACAAUAUUGAUGCCUCGAUCCAGAAUCUACAUUGUGAUACACCAAGUGAUUGUCAACCACGCCCUAACUGUAAUGUCUUCGGGUGUCUGGAUGGCUUUUGUGUUUAUAAUUGUAGCAGUGCCAAGGAUGAGGUUGAAGAGGCUCCUAUGGAGUGAGUGGCUGUCUUUUUAUAUCAUUCUCCACCAUUGGCUCUAAUGGUGAUUUUAAUAAGGUGGUUCUUGUACCAUCAAAUUUACCUUACAAAUAAGAGUGAAACCAAUAAUUAGUUACAGCGAAAAA